GAGGGAGAGAAGCAAACAGAGAGAGAGAGAGAGAGAGAGAGAGAGAGAGAGGAUUGUUUCUUUCUCUGGAUGCCAACACCAGAAGCAGCAUCAGCACCAGCAGUGUCUCAAAUCUGCACGAGAGGUGACCGGGGUUGAGGGGUGAAGGUGCGUGUGUGAGGUGUGUGCGAGAGCGUGUGUGUGUGUGUGUGUAUGAGUGUGUGCGUGCAGUGCGUCUGGCGGAGAGACCGCAGGAGCGCGGAGAGAGGCUCAACUUGCUCCUCUCUCUGCGCCGCUUUGCCCUCGGCUCGUCUCUCUUGCUUUCCUCGGGACACAGACAUCUGGCGUGGUGACAUGUGAAGAGGCUUGAAGUAUGGCAUGCAAAGAUGGUUUCUGCAAAAAAGAAGGAGACGGUGACAGAAAUGCGCCCAGCCUUUAUUCGGACCCUCUUGUACUUUUUCUGUUUGGCGACUUGUGUGAUGAAAAUCUCUGGACAGACAAAGAAGGAUGAAAGGAUCUAUCCGGAGAAUUUUACUCGCAUUUUAGACCGACUUCUGGACGGCUAUGACAACAGGCUUCGACCUGGAUUCGGGGGUCCUGUGACUGAGGUCAAGACUGACAUUUAUGUGACAAGUUUUGGGCCUGUCUCGGAUGUUGAAAUGGAGUACACAAUGGACGUGUUCUUUCGACAGACGUGGGUGGACCGGAGGCUGAGGUACGAGGGCCCGAUAGAGAUUUUGAGGCUGAACAACCUUAUGGUGACUAAAGUGUGGACGCCAGACACCUUCUUCAGGAACGGCAAGAAGUCAGUCGCUCACAACAUGACGGCCCCCAACAAGCUUUUCCGCAUCAUGAAGAAUGGCACCAUUCUGUACACCAUGAGGUUGACGAUCAGUGCAGAGUGUCCCAUGAAGCUUGUGGACUUCCCCAUGGAUGGACAUGCGUGCCCCCUCAAGUUUGGAAGCUAUGCCUACCCUAAAACAGAGAUGAUCUAUACUUGGACCAAAGGGCCUCAGCAUUCGGUGGAGGUCCCCCCUGAGUCCUCCAGCCUCGUUCAGUAUGAUCUCAUCGGUCAGACGGUCUCCAGCGAAACGAUUAAAUCCAUCACAGGUGAAUACGUGGUGAUGACGGUCUACUUCCACUUGAAACGUAAAAUGGGCUACUUCAUGAUUCAGACGUAUAUCCCCUGCAUAAUGACAGUAAUCCUCUCCCAAGUGUCCUUCUGGAUAAAUAAAGAAUCCGUCCCGGCACGUACAGUCUUCGGCAUCACCACUGUCCUGACCAUGACGACACUCAGUAUCAGCGCACGCCACUCCCUUCCCAAGGUAUCAUACGCCACUGCGAUGGACUGGUUUAUCGCUGUGUGCUUCGCCUUUGUCUUCUCUGCCCUCAUUGAGUUCGCCGCUGUAAACUACUUCACCAACGCACAGAUCGAGCGGGCCAAAAAGAAGCCAGCCAAAUGUCCCCCGGUACCCCAAACCACGCCUGUCAAGGUCAAGGACGCAGAGGAAGUGCUGCAGCAGAAUCCUGAUACCAACGGUAACCUGAGAAAGAGGAUGAAUUAUAUUUCCCACCAAGAGGCCAGCAGUCACCAGAGAGCCCAGUCCACCAUCAACAUUUCAGGAGUGGGAAGAGCGAGACCGCUGCGACCUUUAGCCGGCGGCGUUAACGGCAGCUCCUCCACCCUCUCUCGCUGUAGCCCCAAAUCUGAGAGCCUGCUCAGCGUGGCUUCCUCCUCCGCCCAGCUGGUGAGGGGAACGCCUCAGGCUGCCGCUUCCACGCCAGACGUGAUGGCGGCGACGCCGUGCAAGCAGAACGCCAGCUCCUCGUCUCUGCAGCAUCUGCUGGGGCCCAAGCUGGAGCGCAUCCAGAUGAUGGGGAACAAACUGGAGAUAAAGCAGACGCCGUGCUCUCAGCCCACCACCGCUGGUAUGGGUGGAACCAGCAAAAUUGACAAGUACGCACGGAUCCUGUUUCCAGUGUCCUUCGGGGCUUUUAACAUGGUCUACUGGGUGGUUUACUUAUCAAAGGACACCAUGGUGGCAAAAGGUGGUUCGACUUUACUUGGCAACAAGAGUGAAGACUCAUUUCUUUUAACAGACGGGAAGCAAAUAAGGAUUAUUGGAGUUUGCAAACAAUAAGAGGAAACUAUUCUUCUUGCCAAACAGGUAAACAAAAAAGUGCUCUCGAUGCACUUCCACAUCCUGGAGAACACACUGAGAAUACAUUUAUUUUUUUCUUCCUAAGGUCCUCGAACAGCAAGCAUGGGAACAAAUCAACCGAAUUAGAAAUAUCUGACUCAACAGAAGAAAGAACACCUGCACACUGGAAUAUGCGACUGUCCUCUUUAUAUCGUGCUACGUCUGACUGUGAAGGUCUUCAUCGGCUUGUUGCCUCGUGAUCCCUUUUGACCUGCAGUCACGAUAAAGCAUGGGAUUUUUUUCAUUUUCCUAUUUUUGUACCCUUGCACCUGGCGAAAUGUUUUGGAUGCGCGUGUACCACCGUCCUGAAAUGAACUGCACCGCUAUGUAAAUGUAUACAUAAUACAUUCAGUAGGAUAAAUGGGUUUAUAUUUAUUGAUCGCAGUGUACUUCAAUUUGAAUAGAUUUGUUGCUUUGGUGCCAGCAGGCUAGACGAUGCUGAAGUUAAAUUAUUCAAGAGAACAAAAGGGACUCCGGGAGUGGGUUUCCAAAAAACUCGGCCAAAUGACGGUCAAAGUGAAAUAAAAUGAUCAGAAUGAAAGUCCCUAAACUAGGCGUGUGGAGUGGAGCUUUGCUUAGGAGCUGAUCAGCCCUGAAAUCCUCUCUUGUACAGUACCAACUUGCAAAACAUCUUCCCUAUACAAGAUGGAUUAACUAAUCUGGAAAUACUGGAAAUAAAAUUGGGGAUCAGUCGGACAGAAAGUAGUAAGUUAUUAACUCAUGUAACAGUAGGAUUUAAGCUUCUUUCCUGCCGUAAUGGAUUGCCAGAAUAGUAGACAAAGAUUGUGCAAGUGAUUAAAAUUCAGUCAUACAGAAAGUAAAGCCAUUUGUCGGUAGACCGCUGCAGCAGUAAAAUAGUGAGCUGGUUGUUUGCUUAGGGACAUUUUGGCAUGUACAGUACAGGAAUGCGACUGAACUGUUAAACGAGUGCUGCAGGGGAGAGACUCGGGAGCUGUCAUUCGCCUCCUUAAAUUGUGUCUAACAAAUGUGAGCGAGAAUUAACUUACAGUAUUUUUUUUUUUACACGUCUCGUUAUUUCACUGCAUUUCUCGGUGAAAUGUCUCAUGGGUUAACGGAUGAGGUCUUCUACGGAACGGAGCCCCGGCAGUGUGGUGUCACACAUUUUGAAGGUUGAACAAAGGAAAAGGGCAAAUCCUGAAGUAGAUCAACGCCGCUGAGUAACAUUUCACAGGCAGUGCCAGAGUUAGCUGAUGUCAGUCACUCAUUUAAGCUGUUAAUUUUGCCAGGGAGAGUUAAAGAAAUGGGAUUUACUGAAGCUGUGUUACCAGCAAGAAAAUAUCCUUACAAAAGUCUGCAGAAAAAGACACCGUGCUGCACUGUAAGCUAAAUAUUUGAGGCUACAGAUCAGUUAGAAUAAAGACUGGAAACAAAAAGGUAACAAACACCUACCAGCACCUGUAAAACUUUCCAGUUUCCAGUCUUUACGGUAUCGAUAUUCUAAUCGAAGUCUCUGCAAGAGAGCAAGUAACUUCCCCAUCAACUGUUUUUAAAUCCUGUUGAUCUCGUUGUUGAACGUAAAAAAGACGUGCCAUGACAUUGGCUCACAGUGAGACACAUUUCUGCUGUAAAUCCAACUUUUCUUUUCCCACCAAAUACAUUCAGAACCGUCGUCCUAGUAACGUAAAAAUAGCCAUAUCGAAAUAGCCAUAUUGAAGAACGCCUCCAGCGUGAUCAGGGCCGUGCACGGAUUUGCAUGAAAUGAAAGAUACUGCAGGUAACUGAAUCGGUGAAUGUGUGAAGGACGUCGUUACCUUCAUAUCACACAACAAUGUGACGUCCUCUCACCCGUAUCCUGUCCCUCUUUUGUUCUGUAAACCGGCAAAGUUGAGGAUUUAUUGUCAUUGAGUUCUUUCUCAGGACAACGUGACAUUUCCAGUGAUCACUUGCUCAGAAGUACAAAGAAAACUAUCACUAAAUACUUGCCUCCCUUGGCACCUUGGCAGACGUCUUUUACAUUACGAGAUGAUUUAUCUCAGUAUGUUUUGAGAAAUGAAACGCAGAAAUCAUCCUCGACACACAGAGUAUACUCCCUCAUGGCCUAUUUUUCUCCUCCAUUCUUCAGCGGAGUUGAAGGUUAAACAGUCGGUGGAUGAGCUCAGCUGCACUGUGCACCUCUGCAGACAGAGAUGUCAUACGGAUACGACGCGUGUGGGGGAUUCUUGAUACAGCAGGUGCCUCUAAUAGCCAUAUCACACCCAUGUUGCCAUGCUUGUUGGCCCCUCGUCGAUCAGUUAGUCUAACAGGAGUUAUGAUGCCGCCACAUCGGCGAAAGGAAAAAAAACAAAACAGGCGGGCUGAUGGACAGAUCAAGAUGCCCGCUGCCACUCACCUCUCCUUAACGCAGCCGUGUGUGAAAUUGAUUUUGCUGUUAUUACCUCCCUGUUGGCCUCACUCUCCCUCGCUCGCUCGCUCUGUGUGUGUGUCUCUGUGCAACAAAAUCCUCAUAAAAACACAGAACAUCCAUGUACUAAUGAGGACCCUGUCAACAACAGAUUGAUGUGCAGUGUUUAUGUGCUGCUCUAAAAUGUUUGCAUGAUUGAUGGAGCUGCCAAUGCCAGGUUGUGGGCUUUCUGGAGGUUUUGUUGUUGUUGUUGUUGUUGGUUUUUUUAUUUAACAAUCACGCUGCUCUGGUUGACAGACAGACACUUAAAGAUGCUCCACACGCUCGUUCUGACAUUUUGAAAGCUGACAGCGUGCAGGUUUGUGGAAAGUUUAACCAGAAGCUCUCUAUUUAUCAUUGUUAUUUCAGCUGUUUAAAUAGUUCAACAGCUUCAAAAUAGCCUUUAAAAAAAAGUGCAGAUGGUAAAAUGGGGCAUUCAUUGUAGUUUUGAGCACUUUAUAAAGUAAAUUGUGGCGUAAUGCUCCCUCUAGUGGCUCAACUGACCCCCUUUUUUUAUUUUGAACACAAUCAGGACGCUCUCUUCUUCUCCACGUUGGAUGAAGUCAUCCUGUUUGUUGCCAUUCAGGUUAAUUGACACAAUGAGUUUAAUUCAGCAUCUGCUUUUCUUGUUACAGCUGAAUGACUGUAGUAGAAGACCACAGGCUCGGGACACUUUUUCCCCAGUUUCACGUGAUCUGCUCGACUGAAAAGCCAUCGGAUUAUAACAAAACAAAAAUGAAGCAGGGAACUGUCAUUAAGCACUGACCCCAUUUACUGCAUAUGAACUAAAUAAUCGCACUGGCUGAGAUGACGUUAGUUUUUUUUAGUCCAAAAGUUUGUUUCACUUCACAGAGUUUUGCUUCUCCUGCUGACGAAGCAAAGCCUCCUUUAUGUUGACACCAUGCGGGAUUUAAGGACCCCAAAAUGUACUGGAUGUAAGGGUGAUCUGACUCACCUUGUUUUUUAGGAAGCAUACACAAAAAAAAAAAAAAAAAACUCCUCAUAACAGAGUGACUUUGAAACCUGUGUAUUUUUAUAUAAAGCAGCAAAGGGAGCAUUUGAAAUAUCCUGACAUCCAGUACUGUAAGUGACAAUAAGACAAAUUUCAGGCAGAGAAUGUGAGAAAAUCCAAUUUAAGUCAUCACAUGUUGUGUUUUGGAGUAUUUACAACAUUCAAGCACGAGCGCAGAAGAACGUGUCAUCCUAAUAUUGUGUGUAGAGUCAAUUAUUCAUAACUAAAAAGGAUGAUCUGUCUGCAAGACGUUUACUAUCAUGAAAUUUUGUUUUUAAGAUUAAUCGUGCGAGUAAGGAGCUGAGGAAAUCAAAUCAAAUCAAAUCAAAUCAAAUCAAUUUUAUUUGUAUAGCCCAAAGUCACAAAGUACAUUUGCCUCAGAGGGCUUUACAAUCUGUACAGGGAGUGACACCCUCCCUCUUAACUUUAAGACUUAUCUGUAUGUUGGUUGUUAAACUCUGUUCAUGGCGAGUCAUUUCUAACAUUUUUAGAGGGGAUGGACCACUAGAGGGAGCAGCAUGAUCAGAAUCAGAUUGGUCUCAGUGCAAAAAUGCUCAAUCAGGGAAGAUUUGCUCUUAUUGUGGCGUCUGAUUUCUUUUGAUUUUAAAGUCCGUGUAUUGUUUUAAAGAGAGAAGAGAUCCAGGGCCUUCAGCGUAAUGAGGAUUCAGUUUCAUUUCAUGAGCCACUCUCCAGAGAUUAGCACACUAACAAUGUAGGUCUACCCUCCACGUCACUAUUUUUAUCACUCAUCAGUCUUCAUGGGCGAGAAUUUAGAGAUUUAGGGUGAGCAUGGAUGUAAACACUGAAGCUUUAGCGGCAAAACCUGAAAGAAAUGGGCCUCGACUUUACUCCUAUCUUAUCAUAUGUGAUGUAAUAUUGUGUGUUUAAAGAGCUAGACACUUGAUCCUGUAUCACCAGUGUCCUACAACCUGCCGGGGGGAGACAUGCUGGGGUAUAUGUUGGUUUUAUUUUGGCUCACAUGUCGUGCAAUAAGGAAUCAUUCCCAUUGUUUUAUCAUAUCAGAACUAAUGUUACAUUUCUGUCACCAUGAUCCAUUUUUUAAUGUCCUUUAUGGCUUUUCAUGCAUCCUCUGUAUCGGAAUGGUUCCACCUCACAUAGCCCAGUUUUUGAACGCCAUAGGCCAAGAUAAUUAACACGUAGGCCCUAAUAGGAUGAUACUAAUUUGUAUUAUACUUUCUAGCGCAAGUGCAGGUCAUUUUGAGGGUUACCGAUCUUCCCAGUGAAGAAGGGCGACACGAUUCCUAUUGUUUGUUGUGCCGCGACAUUUACACACAUAAGCUGAAGAGCCUAAACCUUCUCCUCUUUUCUGCCGGUGACGUGGAACAAUGAGUUAUGAAACCCUCAAUAAUUAUACUCGAUAGUAGGAGCACCAAUUAAAGCAAUAUUUAGAGUACUAGAUAAGCCACACAAAGACAGCAAUAAUGUAAACAAAAGCAUAGAACACGACAUACAGUAUGUACACAACCUUUAAAUGGCUUCCUUACAUAAACUAAAGCUGCACCAAAGGACUCAUUACAACGCUUUUCCAUUAUGUAAGAAUUUAAGAUUAACACUUUAAUUAAUUCAACUCAUAAUCAAACACUAACAGACCCUCGAGUUGUACUAAUAUUUUAACAAGAGCGCAGAUCUUUGAACGGUCCGCAGGUGAUUUUCUGCCUCACUGAAAUGGACUUGUGAACAUGACAAAUGUGUAUUGUGUACUUAGUAUUGAUGCCACGUUGACUUUAUCUAAAAAAUGUGGUACUAACUGUACAUUUCAACUUGAACUGUUUGCCAUCCUCUCAAGUUGUUGCAGUCGAUAUGCUGAUAAAAAAAAUAUUUUUUGAACUAAUGUUUCAUUUAUUAGUCCUUAUCCAAUGCACUGUUUUGAAGAAACACGAUUAAACAUGUUAGACAAA